AUGGACUUCUCACGUCUACCUGAAGAAGUUCUAGUCAACGUGCUCAAGAUGUCAUCCCCCACUACUGUAACUAUGGCAAAAAGACUAAACAAAAAGCUCAACCGAAUUGUGGAAAGGAAUCAUCUGGGCAAACCUCGAGUCGACGACUUCAAUGUGGAGAUGCGCACAAUCUUGGGACGGACACGCCCCAUUGGCAAGUUGCAACUAAAAAGUACGGGUAAAUUACACAGGCGGAUAGUUGUGACAAUGAAGAGGAAGCACAAAAGUCGGCAGAUAGUCGAAGAGGGUAUAGAAGGUCCAAGUUGCAGCAAUAAGUCUAAUGUUAUCAUGGAGAAUAUGAAGAAGGUACAGCUCUACGAAAGACUUUCUUUUGAUGGAGUUACCGCUGAUGCUGAGUUCUUCAGCAUGCUUACCGCUAAAUGGAAUGACUUAAGGUUCGUAACUGAUCUACCGUACAAAUUCUAG